AUGAGAAACAUAUUUUUGCUUCAUAGCAUGAUUAUUAUGCUGAUAUAAAUUUCAUUCAUUUAAUCAUAGUGCACUACUGUGAACAAUUUAAUUUUAAAAGUAAAUACUCCUACAGAUUAAUAAUCAGUAGCCACAACUAAAAGCUACUAGUUAGUAUUUUAAGAUAUUAAUUUAAAUCUUAAGUAUACUCCUUAAAAUGGUGUCUAUACUAUAAGUACAUCUCAAUAGGGUGCCUCUCUUUAUGUUAACUCAAAUUCUGGUAGUCCAAAGCAAUACUCUCUUUAGCAAAUUCUGAUAAGAGGGACUCCCAUGUUUUAAAUAAAUAAGACUUACUAUGAUAUGGAAAUGCAAUUAUAUUUUACUGGAACUGAUAAUAUAGUUUUAUCAAUUUUCUUAGACCCUAUUUUAAAUGUUUCUUCCUUAAAUAAUUCACAAUUUUUCGAAAAUAUGGAUCCUUAGAUUAUUGGUGAUUAGUAGUCUAUCAACUUAAGCAACACAUUACAAAAUGACUUUUAAAACAAAACUUUUGUUGUGUACGAAAACCCAGGAAUAACCUACCUAUCUUAGACAUAUACUUGGUUGAUGUCUUCUCAACUUAUAUAAAUAGACUAUUAAACUUUUGAACUAUUCCGUUUAGCGAUUAACGAUCCUUAUGUAACAUAAUUCUAUGAUUAAGUGAACUUUAAUUUAGGUACUUGUGAUUUACCUUAAGCCACAGUAUAUGCAAUAUCAAUUUAUAGCUCACUUUUGAUAGUUACUAUAGCAUAAUUUAUGCUUUUUUUAUUAUGA